CAUAAUGAUGAAAAUCAUCAACCGACCAGUGCUGAUUCAAGUUUGCGCGUUGCGAGCCCUACUGCAGUAACUGGAAAAAGUAGCCUGCCAUGUGUAGACACUGAAGGACUGAAUAUUUGCGAUUCCUCUAGGCUUCGUUACGACGUCUCUAUGAAGGCUCAGACCGCCAUGUUCAAGUUAUCCAAGGCAGUCCCCGUGACUUAUCUCAACAUGGGUCAAAUAUAUACGCUCUCUGUAGUGGACUCGGAUCCGCCUGUGUUGUCUACUGGGCCGGUCAGGUAUUUUACGUACAUCCGUAUAUCAUUCGAAAAUGCAGACCAAAGAUCGAAGCCGAUGAGCUGUUGGGAAUUGUGGGAAGAGACUCAAGGAUUGCAUGAGGCCCAUAAGCGCCGGAUGAAUCCCUGCGCUGUCGAAUAUGUGAACACGCAUAGGAGCGAUUCGAAGCAUGAGAAUCAGCAGAUUCACGUCGAAAAUGCCUCGGUUGACGGGUUCUGCGUUACUUGGACGCCUGACAUGGCCUCUGAAACGUUCGAAUGUGUCAUACCUGUUCGGUUCAAUUUUCUAUCCACAUAUUUUAGUCACUGCAAAGGUGUGAAGGGCGAACCUGUCAGACUCUGUGUGAAGACUGAGAUACUGGGCUCCCGAGACCGUGAAGCGGCACUGAAACAGGAGCCCGGAAUAAAUUUCUGCUUAGUGAAGGUCCUACGGAAUCACGGUGCCCAGCGAAAGCUGUCCAAUGAUAUCGCGCACGUUGAAAAAAUAAUCCAAAAGCUCAGAAAGCAGAUCGCGCAAGCGAAACAAAACAGUGCCCAGGGCAAACGAAAACGUGGAAGUCCGCCGCGCCAUUCAAAUGCUCGGAAACAUAAGCGCACCUGGCCUGUUAAUUCAAAAGAUGGAGAUUCUCAAGGAUUUUCAUCCGAAGAUUGCCUUCAAGCGAACCUGGCCAAAAUGCAGGCAAUGCUCACGUCGACUCGUUCUAUAACUCUCCUUGAUCAGCGAGGCGACGAACAGGACAGCCACACUCUUUUCCCCCUCCUGCUUCACGGAAAUGGUUUCACUAUCGAUGGCUUCAAAACGACCGAGCAACUUCGCAUUUCUGCUCUCUCCCCGACAAGCGAGUUGGUACCGCUUAACUUGCCACAUUUGGAAUUGGGUCAUUUCGCGCCCAUGAAAGGCUCUAGGCAUCUAAUACCUGUUCAAAAGAUUCCUUGGGCCCGGUCUGAUGGCUCCGAAAAUUUUCUCAAAGCUGUGUAUGUCGAUCCUGCCUACAACCCGCCAGCGGAACAGCCGACAGAUUCAAGCUACUAUCGUGCAAUAUACUUGACGAAACGUACUGUUCGGGAGGUGACCAGGAAAAUCUGCCUGAAGCAGCAAAUAGAUCCGAGAAACAUCAAACGCAUCAUUCGUACCAAUCAAUCUGGCAUUCAGGUUGGUAUCGAUGACAAUAUGGUUUAA